UAGGACAAGCCACGCCCACUAUAUCGACUUCGCAAAGUUCAUCCGAGCCAAAAAGGUGCCUAGAUUUUGCAUCAGGAUAUUCCGGCUGAAUCGAAAUUGAAAUCCAGAGGUAGAGUUAAUCACCAUGGUAGCGGGAGUGACGAUUGCCGCUGGUGCCGUUGGUGCUGGUGUUGGCUGGGUCUUUUUGAAGCGCUGGCUCAGUGGAGGUCGUUGUCAUAGCAACGCUCGUUUGGAUGGAAAGACGGUCAUCAUUACUGGUUGUAACACAGGAAUCGGCAGAGAAUCUGCCAAGGACCUAGCUAAAAGAGGAGCCAGAGUAAUAAUGGCAUGCAGGAAUAUAGAGAAGGCAGAAGAAGCUCGACUGGACGUUGUAAGAGUGUCUGGUAGUUCCAACGUGGUGGUCAAGAAACUUGACCUGGCAUCUAUGAAAUCCAUCCGAAAGUUUGCAGAGGACAUAAAGAAGGAAGAAAAACAGCUCAAUAUUCUUCUGAACAAUGCUGGUAUUAUGAUGUGUCCUCGGUGGGAGACAGAGGAUGGUUUUGAGAUGCAACUUGGUACCAACCACCUAGGUCAUUUCCUAUUGACUCUACUCCUCCUGGACCUCAUCAAGUCGUCCGCUCCAAGCCGUAUCGUUAACGUCUCUUCCGCUGCCCAUGAUAGGGGCAGCAUGCAUUUUGACGACAUUUUGUUGAAGAAGAGCUACGGUCCAAUGAAAGCAUACGGACAGAGCAAGCUUGCAAAUAUUCUCUUUACACGGGAGCUAGCAAGACAACUUAAGGGUACUGGUGUCACUUGCUACUCUCUACAUCCUGGCGUGAUCAACACAGAGCUUGUAAGGCACUUUCCGUCCUACGCUGCACCACUUCUUUUCCUCGGCAGUGCAUUCUUGAAGACGCCGGAGCAAGGGGCACAGACAAACAUCUACUGUUGUGUGGACGAGAAAGCGGGCCAAGAAACGGGACUCUACUACAAGGAUUGUGCUACAGCUACACCAACCAAGGCUGCUCAAGACAACGAGGCAGCAAAGAAACUUUGGGAUCUCAGUCUCAAGCUGGUGGGGCUUGAGGAGUAGGGAGCUUUGUGAUCCCAAAACACUUGGCUGGUAUCCAAUUCAAUACUUGGAUUUAAUAAAACUUAUUCAAGUACCAUUCUUUACUGAGUCAUAUUCAGUUCUGUUCCCUGUUGCAUAAAAGUAACUAUGAUAAUAAUGUGCGAGCCAAUGGUUACUAUGGUAACAGUGAUCAACAGCCAAUCAAAGUCAUGGAUAUUGUGGAAAUUACCGUUGGAUGGCAAAUUAACUAUCACGCAACGGGCCAAGAUCGUUGAGCUGUGUUUAAACUAAUGUUCUUUCAUAGAAGCAGUGUGAUCAUCAUGAAAUAAUGCAGUUAACAUGUCCCACAGAAUGCAUAUUACUUCUGUGCCAGAUGGUGUCUGUAUACCCCUAAACUUUACCUGUCAAUGAAGGCCUCCAAAUUUUAUUGAUACUACUCAAAAGGUGUUAUUAGAGUUUUAUCGAAAUAUCCAAAGUUGGGAUACCAAUAUAAUGGGUUAUCUUAAAGGAGAAUGAAACUCUUGGAGCAAGUUAGCUUUUGUGAAAGCAGAAAAAUCAAAGAAUAAGAUCAACAAAACUUUGAUUAAAAUAGGACUAGCAAUAAAAGAGUUAUGAGCAUUUGAAUGUCGAGAUCACUAAUGCUAUGGAGAUCCUCCCAUUGGCAAUGCGACCAAGAUCUGUGAUGUCACACACGUACAACUCUCCCAUUUGGACACUGAAAAUAUACCCCAAAACAUCUCUUUUUGCUCAUUCUAAUCAUAUGACAAACGAUUCAUCAAUGAUAUAAUGUUGUGAAACCUCUGUACUUGUCAUCUCAUAAAGAGAACACCUCACCUUGUGAUAGACUCUAUAAAAGUGAGAAUAUAAGUGAAAUAAGUACUAAAGUAAUGAGGGAGUUGUACGUGUGUGAUAUCACAGAUCUUGGUCGCAUUGCCGUUGAGGGGAUCUACAUGGCACUAGUGAUCUCAAUAUUCGAAUGCUCAUAACUUUCUUAUUAUUCAUUCAAUCUUCCUCAAACUUUCAACAAUAUGUUUCUUUGAUUUUUCUCUUUGAUAUGGAUUCAGCUGGUUUCAAGGGUUUCAUUCUCCUUUAAGUAAAUAAACCACUGUUUUUUUUUCAAACUCUGAUAUUGAAUUGAAUACCAGCCUUGGGUUUCAUAUUUUCAAACAAUUUUUGAUCUGAAAUGAUUUCUAUACUGAUUGCUAUACUGAUACGAAAAUCACGUCUAAUAGGCAAAUCAUGCACUACUAUAGAAUGAUCUUUGAUGAGGUUUGAGAAGCGAAUCAAUUAGAAGCAUAAACCAAAGUUUGUCUUUUUGCAGCAUCUGUAGAAGAGAGUUCACAGCAUCUGUCAACAUCAGAAAAUCUUCAUAUUUUGAAAUGAAAUUGUUAGCCAUGUUCUAAACAUGCAACAUUUUUUUAAUGCACAUUUCGCAGUAAAACAUGCUUACCUAGUGUGUGUCAUAGCUGAUCCAAUAUCCCUAGAUUACGUCGGAGACAACAUGAGGAUGUAGCACUCAAAUUGAAUGGAGGGUAGCCAUUUUGAAACUGGUUAGGUAGGUUGUACAUGUCUUUAUCGCACUUGGGUAGAAUUCAAGUCAAUCAUGCUUUCAGGUUACAUGUAUGGCAUAAUUCAAGUAGUGGUCAUGUCUUGUGAAUAUUAAUACCGAGUCUGCAUCGCCAAUUCUGUCAAAAUGUCCGUAUCUGAGCUUUGGAACAACUUACCUGACAUAAUUGAACUGGCUAAUACAGUUGAAUAGUUUCAGGCUGCGUUUAUGCGACCUCAAGCCAGAAUCAUGAUUUGAAUCAUGAUUCAAAACACAAACAUGAAUCACAAUAUCACAGAAUCAGCGUUUAGACGACCUUCAUUCCAAUGCUGUUUCUCCUCAGAUUCGGGCCAAUCCAGUGCGCAUCACUAGUGCGCAGUUUGACAUAGGAAGUUUUUCGCACGUGUUUCGGCUCUCGAAAAUUCUUUUGCUUCCAUCAAAAUUCAGUCUAUACCUCAUUUUGUUUACUUCUAUCAUAAAGGGUCCAUAUGCUUCUAUUCAUCUUGUUAGUUUAUCCAAAAUGGUGUUCGGAAGUGAAUUUCAGCGUAGAUCCAAUUUGAUAUUGAUACUGUAUACUCAACAACAACUGAGAUCAUUGUCUGUCCAGUUAAUUCAUUUACUAGAACUUGAAGUUGAAGACAUGACCAAAAAAUGAAAAGUAGUGGACGAUGCGAUGACCAACACAGAACUUGAACAUGACAAGAAAUGAAUUCAUAGUCAUGUACAUACAAUGAGCAUAUAGAGCGCCUUGAGCUUGGCAAGAGUCAAACCGAAAGUAGCCCGACACAACAGUGAGGUCAUAUAAUCAUGAUUGUAAUCACGAUAUCGUUUAUUCGAACAUUUUCGUACGUGAUUCUGCAGAAACGUCUUUCCAAACGCCCCUGUUUUCGUGUUUCAUGUUUGUGAUUCUAAUCAUGAUUAUAUUCAAUUUCGACUAAACGCAAUCGUGAUUCUGCAGAAUCAUGAUUUGAAUCAUGAUUCAAAUCAUGAUUCUAGGGUAAAAAAGUGGCGGAUAAACGCACCCUCAGACCCUUUUGAAGGCAUUCCUAAAUUGGAAAAAAAAUGAAUUGAUUUAAGGCUUACAAAUGAAGAGAAAAAUUAUAUAUUAUGGAUUAUAUAUAUGCUGCUCUGUAAAAACAGGCAUUCCUUUUAACUCCUUUUAAUACUACUGCAGCACAUAUAGACUUGAUAGGAUCAUUGAGAAAUGAAAGUUUGUAAUUAUCAUUAUUGAAAAUUGCUUUAUUGGCAAUGAGUGGAUGGAUUAUACACAAUAGUAUAGGUAGUUAGAUACUAGUGCAAAUAUUAGUACAGGGUUUAACACUUGCAUAUUCUGCAUAUUGUAGUAGACACUACUUAAACUGAAAGUGCUUGUACAAAUCCUUCAUUAUGUUUGUUUUGUUAAGAUGGAAAUUCAUCAGCAUUUCUUUGUCAUCUAUUGAUUUAUGGUUCUGUUACUUUUUGUCUUUCAAAAUUGUAAAAGUCAAUCAUGGAUAUCAUUUGCUAUUUAACACUUUGCCUGCCUUGUUUGACUAGAGUCACAUACAGCAGACUGCCAAGUUCAACUCAGUCGCAACUGUAGUCACAUUCUGUUCAUACACACAAACAUAAUAGUAAUGUGUGCAUCGGAUUGUAGUGUGUACACACAAAGAUUGUCUUUACAAUAAACCAAUCAAAAGCUAUUGUGAGCUGAAUAAGCAUAUUCUAUGCGAAACCCCUCAAAAAGGUUGCACCUUGAAAUUAAUGUGGUGCAGGAGUGAUUCUGCCCAUGGCGGGCAAAGAGUUAAUCUAUUGACUUCUGAAAUUUUGUAAUUCUCAUAGGCUUUGACACUUUGUACAUGAUCCUUUCAGUCCCAAUAGGUGAAAUAAGUUAGCCUUUCUAACGGUCUAAUCUAGCCCAACAUCAAGCUUAUUGGAAUGUUUUAGAGAAAUAUAUCAAAAUAAGAUAUAAAAUAGGAAAUUUAUAAAAUUCCACAUCUUGCUUAUUUAACACAGGAAGAUAAGAAUGGGUAAACUAAUGACAGCACACACUCAUUAUUUAUUUUGUAUCUUUAAUUAUAUGAAGUAUGAAAUUCUCUUCUUAAUCAUUAGCCCAAGAGCUUCCUUUAUAUAAAAUUGGCAAAAAUAUUAAUUUCAUAUCAUGUGUUCGUGUCUGUGACACCAUUUGCUUUCUAAUUCCAUAUCAAGCAUGCUGUGCAUAUUGAAUUCAAGUGAAAAUUUGGAAUAACUUUUUUUUUUACAUCUGAAAUUUUCAAUAGCAUGCUUGUUUGAUGUUCCUCUAGUAUUUGAACUGAUACUUACAUAAAAGAAUGGUAGCCUUCAAGGUACAGCUCUAUGUGAUUAGUCUCUUCCCUCAAUAUUUUACAAGUAUAAUGUGGUUUUGUGAAGAAUCAUUGUUGGCCCUGUGACAUAAAAGCUUUGCCAUGAAUUGCAUAUAUGUAUAUUAUAGAGCCACUCUAAUCGUCUUUCUGUAGUUUACUUCCAUUUAGCUAUUUAAUUAAAUGUCAUGUGAAAAAUUUUGAUAUGAAUACUGAUAUGUAUUAGAUCUUUAGCCUGUCUUAGAUUUUUCAUAUUAUUUUUAUUGGUGCGCAGGGCCCCUAUUGUUGGUACCUGUUUUGCUAAUAUGUUGACCCAUCAGUAUUAAAUGUGAAUGACCAUUUUCUUACAGUAUCUUUAGUGGUAAUAUUGAUUCUACAGAACAGAGGAAUGAUUGUGAAUUCCAAAAAAUAAAGAGAAAUUGAACUGCAUCACAGUGAUAAAAUAAAUCUCUCUCGUCGAUCAGGCGCUGCACAGCGGCUGCCAAGCCCACAAUCAAUUGGGCAAAACAAAUUUUCGGAAUAUUUCAUUUCUUGUGUCUAUUUCGAACAAUAAAAGAUUAGAUUUUCAUUUAUUUUUUUAUUUUUUUUUUUCUGAUGGAAAAAAUGACUGGAAAUUCCAGACUCCUUUUUUUUCUGGGAUGCUCUGUAAGUGUAGUUAGCAAUUUAUUACAGGUUAGUUAUAAAACUCUUUUCACCCUUGGUAAUAAAAAACACCUAUCACUAUGACAUCAACUUCCUCUUAAAAACCAAUUAUUAAGUUAUAAUUUAUGAUCAUGUGAAAAGUUCUGGGUAUGUUGUAUAUUUAUUGAAUCUCUUUCAAAUCAGUAUUGAUUCAUAUAUAAACUUUUAGAUUAAACUAAUAUUGAUAUUUUUAGAGAA